AUGCCUCCUCACAUGACGACGAUCUCGCACCGGAUCGCAGGGUCGGGCCCGCGCGUCGCCGUCGUGGCGCCGCCUCGCCCGCGGGGGCGCGCCGCCGUGGUCGCGGGAGCUGCGGCGAAGGGCGCACAUCGGGAGCGGACGCUGGAGGGCGCGAGCGACGACCUGAGGGCCGCCGCGGCGCAGUGCCUGGACUGGGCUCCCGCGCGGCGUCGGGUGCGGGCCACCUUCGCGCCCGUGCUCCCCACCCUCGACCACUGCCUCUUCAAGAUGGCUCCCAAGGAAAUCCAGAUGGAAGAGAAUUACGAGACCAAUUCAAAGGGCGUUGAAAUAUUCUGGAAGAGCUGGCUGCCAAGAGAGGGCACUGCAACUAAGGCUGCACUUUUCUUCUGCCAUGGAUAUGGGGAUACCUGCACUUUCUUUUUUGAAGGGAUUGCUAAGAGGAUAGCUGCUGCUGGUUAUGCAGUUUAUGCUAUGGAUUAUCCUGGUUUUGGCAUGUCAUAUGGUCUCCAUGGCUAUAUUGCAAGCUUUGAUGGAAUGGUGGACCAUGUCAUUGAACAGUAUGCACGAAUAAGAGGCAUGAAGGAAGUGUGUGAGCUGCCACACUUUCUCUUGGGACAGUCAAUGGGAGGUGCAGUUGCCCUGAAAGUACACUUGAAGCAGCAAAAAGAAUGGGACGGUGUGCUUCUUGUCGCACCUAUGUGCAAGAUUUCAGAAGAUGUAACACCACCUGCACCUGUAUUGAAGGCACUGAGCAUAUUGUCAUGUCUUCUUCCUGAGGCUAAGUUAUUUCCGCAGAAAGAUAUAGGAGAUUUGGCAUUGAGAGAUCCAAGGAAAAGGAAAGUAGCUGAGUACAAUGCCAUCUCAUAUUCUGAUCAAAUGAGAUUAAGAACAGCAGUUGAACUUUUAAAAGCCACGAAGGACAUUGAAUCACAGUUGGAGAAGAUCUCCUCCCCAUUGCUGAUUCUUCACGGAGCCGCGGACAUGGUAACCGAUCCUCAGGUCAGCAAAUUCCUUUAUGAGAAAGCCAGCACGAAGGACAAGACCCUCAAGCUCUAUGAAGGCAGCUACCACUCAAUCUUAGAGGGAGAGCCAGAUGACCGGAUUUCAACUGCCAUUAACGACAUCAUUUCAUGGCUAGAUUCACACUGUUAA